AUGGCGGAUGAAAAGCGGAAACAGUACCAUAAUUCAAAGUGGUCAAAAGUACCUGUUUUGAUAGAAGAAGCAUUAGAUGAUGUAAUCGUUGUUUGCUUGAAACUUGGAUCUAAAGAAUUCAGAGGAAUUUUGUUGGAUACAGCAAAGAGAAAUGUUCCACAUGGGAUUUGCUUUGCACCAAAACCCGCUAAUGUUGAUAAAUCAGGAGAAAAUGAUGUCAACAGCACCUCAAUUCCAGGGAAUGAUAUUGGACAUCAGCAAAUUUCAGUGUCAACAACAUCUCAAAGAUUUACAUACAACCAUGAUCCAUCAGAAUACAGUGAAAAACCGGUACUUCUUGGUCCUAAGAAUACUAUUCGACCAGUUGGCAAAAAAUCUGUGAGGGACAUUCGCCUCAGGCCGCGGCGAACUCUUUGCUCAAAUUGCAAAAAUACAAUCCAUGAAUACAAUAAACAUGAUGAAGGAAAAUCAAAUAAUACACUUUCAUCUUCUAGGCCAGGAAAGCCAUCUUCUGUUUCUUCAACAAGAAGUCCAUCACGGUAUCUGGCUCCACCUAAACACACAAAGCCCAGCUCCUCGCGGAGUCCUUCACAUUAUGUGUCCAAUCGAACUGUUACCACUUGUAAAUGGAGUUUGAGAAACAGAUCAAAUUCAAAAGAGGUGUUAUUACGUCUUCCUGAACCUACUAAGAAAAGGUCAAAUUCAAAUGCAACAUCAACUUUUUUAGAAAACAAAACAGUAGAACAAAAUCCGGUGAAGCCUAAAUCGACAAAAGUGGAAAAACCGCCAAGUCCUAAGGCUACUCCAUUCAUUAAGAUAUCUUACGGUGAUGGUGCUGUGUUGAAUAUUCCACCUAGACUUCCAGGGAUGGACAGUGGUGUGGUAGAAAGUAGUUCUGAAGACCCAUCUGCAUCUCCACAAAAGGAAGUUCAAAACUAUGUGUCUCAUAAGAAACUGAAAAAAGCCAUGAAAAAGGCUAAAGAGAGAGAACGGCAUCGAUCUGGAGAUCAGCUGACAAAAUCAGUUAGUGUAGAGUUGGAUGAGAAAGGUUCUAAAAUAUCGAGUCAUCACAAAAAACACAAACGAAAGCAUAAACAUCGCCAUGCAAACCAGUACCAUACCACAGAUACAAAAGACGGUGACAAACCACCAGUGAUGGCUGAAUUAGUUUCAAACGUUGAAAGUGAUUGGAAUGGAAAUGGGGAAAGUCGUACAGAAACAAGUAAUGAAAGUAAUUAUUAUGAAAAGACAAAUGUUUUCAAUGAUACAGAUAAUUCCAAAGUGGAAAACGGCUGCAAUGACACAGAAUACAUGUAUGUUGAAUAUGAUGAACAACCACUCGUAAUAGAUGAAGGUGCAAAUAUGACAGAUGAUGGGAAAGAUGAAAAUAUUGACCAAAUAUCUACGGUGAAGAAUUAUUCAGACUGGAUUGAUCAUAUUGAAGCUAAUAAUGAUGAAGAUCAUGAAAAUGCUAGACCACUGGAUGAGGAUAAUUCGGCAGAAAGGCCAAGACUUGUGUAUAUGUGGAAGCAGAAUCAAGGCCUGGCAAGAGUUGAACCACGGACGGGCAGUUCCCAGACCGGUGACAACAGAGGUUCAAUGUCAUCUGAUGACCUGGACCAAGACACAGAGAGCCGGUACAGUGCCAGCGACUCAAACGAUUCGUACAACGAGUCUGAUUCGGACGUGUGUAACGAUUAUCCGGGUUCUCCGCAGUCCGAGGUGACCGACUCCCCCGUGGACACGCUGAGGCCUCUCAUGAUGAAAAUUCAAUCUCAGAGCGUCUCCAAGUGUGUGAUGGCCGACGACAGGACAAUACACGUUGAGGACAUAGUGUGGGGCAAGAUUCAAGGAUUCCCGUGGUGGCCAGGGCGCGUCAUGUCCAUCAUGGUGACGCAGAAAGACAACGGAAUCAUCAUCACUCAGACAGCUCAUGUUUCUUGGUUUGGCUCGUCCACCAUGUCACAUAUGCAGUGCUCAGAACUUUAUCCGUUUCUGGAAGAUUUCAAGUUGAGGUACAACAAGAAAAAGAGAGGGCCGUACCGCUCUGCAAUCAAGCAGGCCACACUGGCUGCUCAGGCGGCCUUUUCCAACACUAAUGCCAACAUCGAUAUUGAUAUGGAAGAGUUUGAAUUGUAGCUGAAGCUGCAGUUUAUCUUUAAAAUACUGUCCUGUAAUAUUAUUUAGGAUACUAAUUAAUGUAAAACACGCAUACUCGUAGCUACAGUUACUUAUGUGUACUAAUAGUAAUAAGUUUAAUUAAUGCCAGUCUGCGUUAAUCAACAGAUUGCUUUGUUAACUAGUAUAUCGAGGCUGUACGAGUAAUCGCCUGACCUGGGCUCAAAAUAGCGUCCUGUGAAAAGCAGUCCAUUUAUUAGUGAGAAAUUCACCUGUUAAUACCACCAAAAUUUCGCAGUUUGUUUUUUCAAGAGAAAAAGAUGUUUGAAUGAAUCUUAUGAUUAUCUAUGCUAUUUAGUUUAUAAUUCUGUUAUAUUUUAAUCUCAUAAUGCUCUAAAAUUCAUAUUGGAGGUGAUAUUUUUCACACAGUAUAUACCAAACCCUCGCCUCACCCUUUGGUAUCUUUUUUUUCAGCAGACGAUAUUUUUUUGUCAGCAGGAUAUAUUUCUUUUCUCACCUACUAUAUUUAAAAAAAGAUCCCAGCAGGCCAUAUUUUGAAUCCUAUUUUGAGCAGUGCUAAGAUGUGAUGCAGGGUUAGCUCUGGCACUCGCCAUAUUCGCCAGUUGCGAAUUUUAAAAGCAAUUGGCGAAUUUUAUUUUAAUUUGGCAAACAAAUUAUAUGUAAUAAUUGUCAAUUUGACAUUUUGUUACAGAAUAUAUCAACAUUUCUGCUAUUUUUGAAGUUUAAUAGAUAAUUUCACGGAGAUUUUCUUCUCACCCAGAGCUAGCCCUGUUCAUAUAUAUACAUACAAUUUUUUUUUUUGCUGCUUUAUCGUUACGAAUGGUCUGUGUGGCUGAAAAGAAGUUUUCUUUCUCUCUUGACCAAAUGUCGAAAUGCCCAUGGAUGUUUUGACACUAAAUAAGGCAUAGUUUAAAAUGUGUUUAAAAUAUUUAUUUGUUUUCAUGUGAUAGAUAAAGAGCUUAGAAUUUGAUUAUUUUUACAGCUGCUUACUGGCCAACCAUUGUUUUUAGUUUAUUUAGAUCAAAGGAAGAAAGAAGUUUAAGUCAAAGAAUAGCAUUUUACAAGAACAGGUGUAAAUUGGAUCUAUUCAAAAUGUUAAAAUGUAAUUUGAGAUUGCAAAUUUGAUAACUGUAACUAAAAAAAUUACCACUUUCUCAGUCAUUUUACUUGAUAUUUAAAUGUAAUCUCAUAGAAGAAAUCUAUCAAAUAUAAAUAAUUUAUUUUAUCUUUGAAACAUUGAUGUGUGUGUGUGUGUGUGUGUGUGUGUGUCAGCACUAAAUAUGGUCCUGAUUUUACUUGUGCUUGUAAGUGAAUUAUUUUCUUUAGAAUUUGGUGCGAUAUGUACCAUUUUUGGGUGUUUUGUGUUGUAUUAUUCUAAACAGUUUUCUGUACUAGUUGGUCUUCUUUUUUUUUUUUUGCCAUGUUAAAUUGACAGAGUAGUCUUUAAACACUAAUGCAUAUUGUAUCCAAAUGUGUUUCAGGUUUGUAUAUCUAUUAAUUAACCAAACUACACGAGAAUCUUCCCACUUAAUUCAUGUAUAUGUAUGUAAAUUGUAAACUUAAUAGCAUUAAGAAUAUUGUUAAUGGUUUUAAAAAUAGAAAUACAGGUAUAUAUCAAAGUUAUAUAUAUUUGUAAUUAUAUGUAAUACAUAGACUUUAAUAUGUCUACUACAGUAUAUCGGUAAGAUUUGUAUUUAUUUUAUGUAAAUUUUUAUCUUGAUGUACAUGAAGAGGUCUUGGCCUUUUGAUUGCCACACUUGCCAAUUGUGAUAAAAAAUGUAAAAGUGUGUAACAGGGCUAGCUCUGGGUCAGCAGAAAAUUUCACCAAAUUAUCUACUAAACUUACAGAAACCCAGUUAUUUUGUAACACUUUUUAAUACUUGAA